AUGGAUCCCAACGAGGAGCGCCAGAUGUGGCCAGACGGCGACGCCCCGGACAAGCAGAAGAUGGACCAGGCAAGUCCGCCGUCGCAGGCCUCGGCAGCGGCCCGCUCGAUUGCUAACCCUCCGAAGCCAGUCGACAAUGCAGACAAGCCAGACUCACCGUCCUCAUCCUCGACGACGACACCCGCGCCGAAGCCCCAGCCGAGCGAGAGCCCCCGAGCCAACAUCUCCAUCACACCCGCCCCGAAGCCGCCGGCGCCGGGCUCCAACCCCUUCACGCAACUAGGCGUCCAGAGCAGCCGCAAAGACUCAGGUAGUUCCAGCCCGCACCGCAAGAGGACCGCCGCUGAGAUUGGAGACGGACGCGCAGCCACGCCUCCGCCUGCCGCACGGAGCAAGCCCGCUCCCGCUGCCCAGGUCGAGUCGGACGCCGACUAUGCGCAUAGGGUGCUCACGCAGGUGUUCCGCAUCACCGUCGACCCGCAUCACAUGAUCAGCUCGUCUGGCCAACGGCUCAUCUUCGUGCCGAACCUCAACCAGGAGCUGAACGAGGCGGGCGAGCCCUUGAAGCUGUCCGUCAACGUGCUGGACCAGGCCAUCAUCGAGGCGUGCGGCACCCUGCCGCUGGACCACCCGCUGUUUGGCUACCUGCUGCCGUGCUGGAAGCGAGCGGUCAAGGCGCACACCAUGGCCAAGAACGUCAGCCCGGCCAGGUUAGAGGUGCUCGACGAGGCCAAGCGGCUGUGCAUGAGCAACUGCCUGUUUUCACUAACGAUGCCAGUCCUUUACGGUCGAGAGGUCAACGCUGACCACGACUCGCUGGUACCGUAUCUGCUGCGCGGAAUCACAGACGAUACCGGCCUCGACUUUGAGUUCAUCAGGGAGGCCAUCAAGCGCUUUGACGACGACGAAGCGUUCCCGGCGCUCUUCAGCGACGCCAUGGUCACCAUCAGCACUCGGCUGUCCGCGCUGUCCCUUGGCGACGACUACAAGCCAUAUGUCCAGGCGCUGUUAACGUACACACGGUUCCCUGUCCUCAUCUCCAACCUGGCCCAGCACCCUUGUUUCAACAUGGCACAGUCUGCGCCGGGCAUCGAACGACACACCAUCCUUGGUCCCUUCUUCCGAAUCUCUCCUCUCCAGCCGGAGGCCAUCAAGAGUUACUUCCCGGGCCCGCGAUCCCUGGACCGAACACGUAUUGCAAACGCCCAGGACUCCCUCCGCCUUACCUUGAGAGCUCAUCAGGAUGACCUCUUUGUCAUCGCCAACGCCUUCAUCAGAGCUGGCCCUGAGACCAGGAGCCUGACUCUGAACUGGUUCGCGUACAUCAUGAACAUGAACCACAAGAGGCGGGCGAUUCAGGUUGACCCGCGAGAAGUGGCAUCGGACGGUUUCAUGCUGAAUGUUACGGCCGUCAUGGACCGGUUUUGCGAGCCUUUCAUGGAUAACGACUUUAGCAAGGUGGACAAGAUCGACGUCAAGUAUUUCAAGCGGCAGCCGCGGAUCGACAUCAAGGAUGAGACGAAGCUCAACGCAGACCAAGCGACGGCCGACAAAUACUACUCCGAAAAGGAGGAGGGAGACUCCAACUUCAUCUCAGAGGCCUUCUUUCUGACGUUGGCGGCACAUCACUACGGAAGCGAAGCUCUCAACUCGCAGCUUAAGAACCUGGACCGAGAGAUCAAGUACCUGGAGAAGAAUAUCAAGGCCAUGGAGGCUGAGCGGCCAAAGGUUGCCAACUCUCCACACCAGCUGCGGCUGUUCGAGGAGACGCUUCGUCGCCACACGAACGUCUUGGAGAAGACGAUUGCUCUGAAGUACGCCAUCGAGGGUGCCCUGCUGGAUGAGCGGAUGCAGAGCACGUCGCUGCGAUUCAUGCGAUAUGUUGCAGUCUGGCUGCUACGGCUAGUCACAGGAUCGGACUACAAGCCUGGCAAGGAGGUCGAGUCGAUCAAACUACCGCUCUCAGAGGAGCAUUCUGAGGCGUUUGCGUGCCUACCAGAAUACACCUUGCAGAACAUCGUGGACAACUUCAAGUUCGUCUUCCGAUGGCUCCCCAAGAUCUUGCCGAGCGCCGUGGGUGAGGAAAUGAUUGCUCUGUGCAUCACCUUCCUCCGAUCUUCCGAGUUUAUCAAGAAUCCCUACCUCAAGUCGUCGCUGGUAUCCCUUCUCUUCUCGGGAACGUGGCCGUUUAUGCAUCUGAAGAAGGGCGUGCUGGGCGACCAGCUCAUCUCCCUCCCGUUUGCGAACGAGUACCUGCUCCGCGCCUUGAUGAAGUUCUACAUAGAGUGCGAGUCCACGGGCGGCAACGCGUUUUACGACAAGUUCAACAUCCGCUACGAAAUCUUCCAGGUCAUCAAGACGGUGUGGAUCAACGAUGUCUACAAAGAGCAGUUGUCACGCGAGAGCAAGGUCAAUCGCAGCUUCUUCGUGCAGUUUGUCAACAUGCUGCUGAACGACGCAACGUAUGUCUUGGACGAGGCAUUCACCAAGUUCCCCAAGAUGCGCACUCUCGAGAGGGAGCUGGAGAACCCCUCUCUAUCAGCUGAGGACCGGCAAAAGAAGGAAGAGGAGCUCCAGACCCUGGGGAAUCAGGCCACGUCGUACAUGCAGCUCGCCAACGAGACACUCGAGAUGAUGAAGCUGUUCACAAAGGCCCUCAGCGAGUCCUUCACCAUGCCGGAAAUCGUGUCGCGCCUGGCCAGCAUGCUCAACUACAAUCUCGAGACGUUGGCUGGCAAGAAGGCAGCCGCUGAACUGAGCGUGUCCAACAAGGACAAGUAUCACUUCCGCCCUAUUCAGCUCAUUUCCGACUUUGUCGACAUCUACCUGAACCUCGGCUACUCGCCCGUCUUCGUCGAAGCCGUCGCCGCCGACGGACGCUCCUACAAGCCCGAGGUGCUCGACCGCGUCACCCGAAUUCUCACAUCCAAGAAUGCCAAGGAUGCGGCCGACAUCGCCAAGUGGGAGAAGAUCAAGGCCAAGUUCCUCGAGGCCAAGCACGAGCUCGACCAGGCGGAGGUGGACCUGGGCGACAUCCCCGCCGAGUUCGAGGACCCCAUCAUGGGCGACCUGAUGAAGGACCCGGUCCUGCUGCCCAGCAAGCACAUCGUCGACCGCUCGACCAUUGUGCAGCACCUGCUCAGCGACCCCAAGGACCCCUUCACGCGCCAGCCCAUGACGGUAGAUGACGCGAUCCCGCAGACGGAGCUCAAGGAGAAGAUUGAGCAGUGGCGCGCGCAGCGCAUCGCCGAGGCCAAGGCCAAGGCCAGUGCUGAGACGGCCGGCGAGCCAAUGGACACGGCCGAGGGCUGA